CCCCAGGAAGAGAGGGAGGGCUUGAAAUUGGCUAAAACAAAGGAAACUGAAUAUCAGACAGGCUGCAUUUCCAGGGCUGGGACAGCAGAAGGGGGAGAAACUUCCAUUGGAAGACGCUCAAAGCUCCAAAAGGAUCUGCUGCAAAUGCAGAAAGAGAUCUGAAUUGGGGGAAUCCUAGGUCAGAACAUCAAUUUUUUUUUUAACUAUCUCAGAUAUCCGACAACAUCUGAAGAGCCUCAGAGGAGCAGACCACAGGAUAUUGGGAUUUAAAUGCGACUCUCUUAAAUAGCUGUCAGAAUGCAUUCAUAUUUAGCACUGGCUUGGGAAUUUGUGUGAAUCUCUGAUACAUGAGCAAAUCCCACCUAGAGUUGAGACUUGACUGAAUUCUUACUCUCGAUAAUGAACUGAGGAGGCGAAUCUCACCUGGGAAGGGAAAGCGCCAUUGGUGUCCGGAACCAUUUUCCCUGGUCUUCAUCACAAGUUUUUGCAGAGAAUAAACCAUGUUUCACGAAGACAGGAAGGAAGGAAGUCCCAGAUUCGGGAAGCUCAAUUUUCCUGUGGGCCUCUGGAUUAAUUCUCCAAAAAAACACUUUGCUAAACUGGGCAGACGAUGGCCUAGCGCAGCCUCUAUCAAGUCUACAUCUUCAGACACAACUAGCCGCAACAAUGAGACUGUGGAACUGCGUCAACCCACAAAGAACAAAAAUAACCGCCACAAGCGCCUGUCCAACCUUUUCCACCGCAGCACCAAUAGCAUUGCUGGCAGCAUCAGUAGCGGGACGGGACGCUGGGUCAGUGAAAAGAAAUUGUCGGAAAUUAUCGACACAGUACCAGAGGACUUGGUGGAGCUGUCCAGUCAAAAAAACUUACCUGGUAUCCUGAAAAUAUUUGGAGAUGAUAUUUCUUCUGGGACUAACUAUAAGAGUGUUUUGGCUACGCCACGUUCCUCUGCAGAGGAACUAGUGAAAGAGGCCCUAGAGAGAUAUGCAGUGGCCGAUUCCGAAACAGAAGUCUUUGUCCUGUGCGAUGUGGUGGGGCGCUUUGUGGGGCUUGAAGGGGAAUGGAAGAUGGAGUACCUGCGCGUUGUUGGGGACAAUGAACGUCCUCUAGUAUUGCAAGAAAUGUGGAAGCCCAAAACUGGGUUCUCUCGGCGCUUUGAAAUCAGGCGCAAGCAAGAGGUGGAGAAGAUGACCAUGGCUGAGGAUAAUGAAACGGCAGGUAUAAAUGCUCAAGCUCGCAGGUUACAGAAGAGUCGAUCACGAGCUGCCUCUGGUGGAAACGCUCCAUUAAGGGAAAGAGAAGAAAGCAUCUCUCUUCGCCGUAGUAUAAGUGAUGUCAACAUCAAUAGUAAGAAGCGCAGAGAAAGGAAAAGCAUAAAGAGCAUGGUGGCCAAUGAUGGGGAUCCUGGGCAAGAUCUUUCUCAGAGCCAAAAGGAUGGGAUCUCUGAGAUGAAAAAUUUGAGUGAAGGCGACAGAAAUGUUGAUCGUGAUGAUUCAGCUGACCAGAUGGACUUGGACUUUGAGCGGCUUUCUCAGUGCUUAAUUCAACCUCCAGCUGAGCACCCAUACUUUCUUCUUCUGCAAGGAUACAACAAAGACCAGGAUUUUGUCAUAUAUGUGAUGACCAGAAAGAAACAUCUUUUUGGCAGGGCAGAGAAAUCUCUAAGGGACAAGGGGCCUUAUGUUGACACUUUUCUGUCAGCACCAGAUAUUCUUCCACGACAUUGUUCUGUAUGGCGCCUAGAUUCCUCCGGGCAGAAAUAUAUUGUGCGUGUAAGACCCUACAGAGGGGCUCUUGUUACACAUAAUGGUAGAGUGCUCCAAAGAGAAACAGAACUUCAUACAGGGGAUUUAUUGGGACUCGGGGAGCAUUUUUUGUUUAUGUACAAAGACCCUAGAAUGCCUCAAGGCCGUCCAGCCUGGCUUCCAAAAUCUUGGUCAUCGCCAAGUUUGAGUGGUGCUUUUUCCUGUCAAAUGUGUGGGCGAUCACUCCAGGAGAAACAAGAGGCUGUCCAAGCCUACAUAGAGAGCCGAGAACCAGUGCUCCAGUAUCGCUCGCAAGAGGAGGACUCAGUGCUAAAAGAAAUAAUUGAGAAAACCGGUAACCCUGGAUCAGAUUUCAAGCUGGCGCCUGCCUACCUAUUCAGUCUUUGCCUUGAGCAUUCAACAAAAGCAUUGGAUCCUGGACACUUCCCUAAACUGGUUAUGAAGAUUGCCAGCUUCAUCAAAGAAGUUGUAUGGGAGAAGAUUAAAGAGAUUGGAGACAAGCAACCAGAAAACCAGCAGGACAGGGGCUUGCCAUGUGCACUGGGUAUCGAAGAGGUCGCCACCGACCUUCGGCCUCUCAUGCUCUGGAUGUCUAAUUCAAUGGAGCUGCUGAAUUUCGUGCAGCGAAAAAUUUUAGACUUGGAAAAAGAAUGGGAAUCGGAAGGAUCCUCCCAGGAUACACUGCUAUCAAGUGACAUUGAGGCAUGUGAGGAAUCCAUGGCUCUUCUCGAUGAAGUCAUUAUGUACACGUUUCAGCAGUGCGUAUAUUAUCUGACCAAGACACUGUAUGCAGCUCUCCCAGCCCUUUUAGAGAGCAACCCAUUCACAGACCCUGCGAGCCUCUCCGACGUGGGAGAACUAAGCAACAUGCCCGAGGGAACUCGCGGUACCCUGGCCAUUUACCAGGCAACUCUGGAUUUAACACGGGAGUGUGAAUUGCACCCGGAUCUUGUGUCUCAGACGUUUGGUUAUCUCUUCUUCUUCUCCAAUGCCUCCCUCUUCAAUACAUUAAUGGAAAAGGGUAAUGGAGAACCAUUUUACCAGUGGUCGAAAGCCGUUCAGAUCCGAACCAAUCUGGAUUUGGUUCUGGACUGGCUGCAAGGCAUCGGACUUGGUGACAUAGCUGCAGAGUUCUUCAGAAAAUUGUCUGCUACUGUGAACUUGCUGUGCAUUCCAAAAACAAGCCUCAUGAAGGUAUCAUGGAGCACCCUUCGCAAUGACUACCCAGCAUUAAGCAGUGCUCAGCUCAACCACUUGCUAAGAAACUAUCAUCUGGGAGUGGGCCGGUCACAUCCAGCUGCAUGGGAGCCCCCUGAGGAGGAGAAAGAGGAGAUCACAAACACAGAUAUCUUUGAAAGCUUCACCGAGCACCCCCCACUGAUUCUACCUUGUGAGAACUUCCGCCUGCAGCUCGCCCAGCCUAUCAACGAUGACGCAUUUUACGGCCAGUUGUGUCAGCUCCGCCGUUUUGUGUGGGACCUUGAGCAGAAAUCACUUCCAGCCAAUCAGAGGGCGUCAUAUAGAGUGGAAAACAGCCAAUAGGAGAGCAAGAUGGUGACUCCCCUCUUUAUAAGAUGACGUUAAGGAUGAUGGCAUGUCCCUACAAACACCAGAACCAGACUUGGACAUGGGAUGCUUGGACAUGGGAUGGAUCUGAGGAAAACGCUUCUAAUUGCACUUGAAUGGAGAGUGGCUUUGGUUGAAGAAUAUCAUGAGACACAUUACAUUGGAGGGAAUGCAGUUGCACUUAGGAGGGUAUCAUGGGGGGCAACUGAGCAUAAUGUAUGACUGAUUAAUGUACAACACAUAUCUUUAUCUAUUAAUAGCUAGUCUCCUAUGUUUACUUAAAGGGCCUCUGCUAUUUUAAGCAUGACACCUGAUCUAUUCAUGUGUUUUAUACCCCUGUCAUUCAAAUUUUAUUUAUAUCUAUGGAGAUGCCAGUUUAUGCCAACUUUUUGGCAUUUGUGCGCCUUACAGGCAUACAAUACGCCCUCUCAAACAUAAAACCUAAUCUAUUUUUGGUACCUGCUGUGCAGCAAAGUCGAGCCUUAACUCAACAUCACUGUAAACAUAUCUGUUUUAGCACUGAAGGGUUACAAAGUGGGACAACUACUCUCUGUUGCAAACAUGUGGGAAUAAUUGCAAAAACUUACAAUGUAUACACCCAGUCUACUAGCCUACAGCAACCAAUGGGAUAUUUGCUUUCAAACAUGUGAUAAGUAAAUACUACCUGCUGACUGGUUGCUUUGGGUUAUCAGACCAGGUAAAACAUGGGGUUUAUUACAUUACAUCUUACAGUGGGGCGCUGCACAACCAUUGCCAUAGGGCAGGAUGGCAAUUGCUGUUGGUAAAGUACUUCAGCACCAGUGGACACCUAAAGGCUGUUGCUGGUAUUGAAAGGUUAUACUAUAGAUGCUGGUUGGACAAUCUUCCUUCAAAAUAAAGUUUCUUUUGCUCCAGCUCCUACCACUACUAUAGAUGGCCAAGGAAGCAGACAAUAGAGAGCCUGUAUGUAGCAGUCUCCAUCACAUUGUAUUUAAAGGAGGACGAGUAGUAAUGGUGUGUGUGCCUGCAAAAAGCCGACCUGCACCCGUCCCUAACCCACCCUCUCCCAACCUGCACCCAUUCCUAACCCACCCUCUCUCAACCUACACCCUUCCCUAACCCACCCUCUCCCAACCUGCACCCAACCCACCCUUGUGUCAUGAUUAGUUAUAUACUUACAUCUGACCCGCCCAUUUCUGAUGUUGCUAGGGAUGCCUCAGGAGCCCCCUACCCCAGUAGCGAAACCCUCCCCUGCGCUGCGUUCUUCUUACUUGCAGCCUCAAUUAAGGGUGGGAGAGGAGAACUUGACUUGAAGUGAGUGGGGAAUGGGACUGGGUGAGUGGGGCCGCCAGGUUUUUUCCCAGUGUCCUGCCAGCUCAGUCCAACCCUGAGAAAAACCCGCUAGUCCGCACAUGACUAGUAGCCUCUCUCCCCAACUGAGCAACCCAACCCAACCCAUUACUGCACCAUUUUUGUUUCCUGUUGAGUAAUCGGAGCAGUGCACCAGGGCAGACUGUCACCAUCCUGCAACAGUUAAACAUUUCCUGCAUGAGAUUGCCCUCACUGCCCGGACUUGGUUUCAACUGCGCUUGCUCUGUGUGGGGAAUCCCUCGCAGGAGACGACUAGACCUCCAACCUCUCUGCCCCACUUGACGUUUUCUCAGUGCAGUGAUUUGCUUAUUGCAGGCGCCACUUACCUAACUGGCAGCAAUGCACCAUAGGUUUAUAGCAAACUGAUUAAGGUACAUGCUGGCAUCAUAGGCUGUUAGUUAGAUUUAGAAUAAUUUAAUUUAUUCAGCUAUUCUUUUAUGGCUUCCUUCUCUCUCUCUUUUUUUGUUGUUGUUUUUUUCAUUUCAGCAGCAAUGGCAUUUUACUUUGUAGGUUUCCGUCUGUUUAAAAUAAAGGCCACUGAAUUACUGACCAUGAGUUACAUGCAUGAUGAUGGUGUCAGUGAAAUCUCACAUUUGCCAAUUGUUUAGUUUCUCUGUUAGAGUUUAUGCCAUGGGAUCUCUAAGGGAUCUCCAAUAAAAAUCCGCUUUUCUGUUUUUCCUACCACAACACAAUGUCACCUGAUAAAAAUACUAAAUUUGGA